AUGGGAAUUCGUCAUGAGUUGCAUCCAAAAGAUCAUGGACGUAGAACAUACCUACCAUUGGCUCCACAUACGUUAUCAAAGACGGAGAAAGAAAAAUUUUGUGAGAGAUUAUUUAAUCUAAAGUUACCUGAUGGGUAUAGCUCAAACAUUGGGAAUUGUGUAUCAAUUGAAGAAUGCAAGAUAACAGGUCUUAAAUCGCAUGACUGUCAUGUUCUAAUACAACAAUUAUUGGUGGUAGCAUUAAGAGGGUUGUUACCCAAGGGACCAAGAAUGGCAAUUAUGCGAUUAUGUGCAUUUUUUAAUAAAUUAUGCCAACGAGUUAUUGAUAGAGAAGUUGUGGUUGCACUAGAAGAUGAAGUUGUUGAAACCAUAUGUAUGUUUGAGCGAUUCUUUCCCCCGUCAUUCUUUGAUAUCAUGAUCCACCUUUCAAUUCAUUUAGGAAGAGAAGCACGACUAGGCGGACCCAUUCAGUAUCGAUGGAUGUAUCCGUUUGAGAGGUACAUGAAGAUUCUCAAAGGAUAUGUUAAAAAUCGUGCACGACCUAAAGUUUGUAUUGCAGAAUGUUAUCUUGUUGAUGAAACUGUUACUUUCUGUAGUGGGUAUUUUAAUCAUGAUUUUGGAGGAAAUGAUCAAAAUGCUCGUAAUCAAGAUUUCUUUUCCGACGUAAUUCUAGAAGGUCAUCCAAUCUUGGGAGGAAAGUCAAUGUCAUUAAGUGAUGAAGUGUUAGAGCGUGCACAUCGUUAUGUGUUAUUUAACACAACAGUGACCGAACCAUUUCUACAGAUGCAUUUGGAAGAGUUAAAGCAAUCCAACAAGAAUCUUGAGAGAAAUCACAACUUACUCCAAAAGACCCAUGCAAAUAAUUUUGCAACAUGGUUGAAAGAAAAGGUUUCGUUCCUAACCUCCAUAUGUGAGGAUGGAGAAACACUAAAGUGGCUUGCAAAUGGUCCAAGGAAUCAUGCCAUGAGUUAUAAUGGUUAUGUUAUAAAUGGACAAAGGUUUCACACAAAGGAUGUUGACAAAUCAACACAAAACAGUGGUGUUUCAAUUGAGGCAACAACAAUAUGUCGAGCAAGUGCAAAAGAUACUUCACAAGUUGUUGAUGUAGUUGCAUACUAUGGGGUGAUAAAAGAAAUUAUCUUAUUGGAUUACUAUCAAUUUCAACUUCCAAUAUUCAAGUGUCAUUGGGCGAAUGCUGGACAUGGAGUUAAGUUUGAAGAUGGUUUUACACUUGUCAAUUUGCACCAAAGUCAGAAUCAGUAUGUAAGGGAGCCAUUUAUCCUAGCAACUCAAGCGAAACAAGUGUUUUACUCUAAAGAAAUUGAUUCACCUAAUUGGUACGUUGUGUUGAAGGCACCACCGAGAGGUUACUAUGAGUUGGAAAUGUAUAAUGAGGAUGAGGAUUUGACUAGUAGACCUGAAUAUGUUACAACACACAAUAUGAACAUUUAUGAUGAUAGUGAGGAAGUUAGUUACGUAAGAGAGGAUUGUGAAGGUGUAUUGGUGUGA